AUACAGAAACUCUCAAAAUGAGACGCACAAGUCUAUUAGGCACCCUUCUUAUAGCAAACGUGCUCAUGGCAACACGUCUCUCCCUUACUUUCUCUCGUUCCAUUCCCCCAUUACUCCUAACCCGCACUUCUUGUUCCAUUUCAAACCUCAAACAAUUCCCCAAAUCCCAUCCUUGUCCUCUCUGGUCUUCCUCAUUCUCCUUCUGCCUCCAUAGACUCCACAAGUCUACUUCUCCUCUUCGCGCUUCUUCUUCUUUUUCUUCUUCUCCCUUCAUGGCUGCUUCUUCACCCAACGGCGUCAUCGAAGACAACCCUCUUCUGCAAAACUUCGACUUCCCACCCUUCGAUGUCGUCGAGCCCAAGCACGUGCGACCCGGAAUUCGCGCUCUCCUCGGCGAGCUGGAACGUGAAUUGGAAGAUCUGGAACGAAAUGUGGAACCGUCGUGGCCAAAGUUGGUGGAACCGUUGGAGAAGAUAGUUGAUCGGUUAUCUGUUGUUUGGGGCAUGGUCAAUCAUCUAAAGGCUGUUAAGGAUAGUUCUGAGUUACGUUCUGCUAUUGAAGAUGUGCAGGCAGAGAAGGUUAAGUUUCAGCUUAGACUGGGUCAAAGCAAGCCUAUUUAUAAUGCGUUCAAAGCCAUUCGAGAGUCUCCUGAUUGGCAGACACUUAGUGAUGCUCGUAAGCGCAUUGUUGAAAGCCAAAUAAAGGAGGCGGUUUUGAAUGGAGUUUCCCUUGAAGAUGAUAAAAGAGAAAGUUUUAACAAAAUUGAACAGGAACUGGAAAAGUUAUCACAAAAGUUUGGGGAGAAUGUUCUAGAUGCAACAAAGAAGUUUGAAAAACUAAUCACUGAUAAGAAGGAAAUUGAAGGAUUACCUGCUACUGCACUUGGGUUGGCUGCACAAAGUGCAGUAACCAAGGGGCAUGAAAAUGCCACUGCUGAGAAUGGGCCAUGGGUAAUUACAUUGGAUGCCCCUAGUUUUAUUGCUGUUAUGCAACAUGCUCGCGACCGAUCUUUGCGUGAGGAGAUAUAUCGUGCAUAUGUAUCACGGGCAUCUACUGGAGAUUUGGAUAAUACAGAAAUAAUAAAUCAAAUUUUAAAGCUAAGGUUGGAAAAGGCCAAACUUCUCAACUACAAUAACUAUGCUGAGGUUAGCAUGGCAACCAAAAUGGCAACUGUUGAUAAAGCCGAAGAACUUCUUGAAAAGCUUCGCAGAGCUUCCUGGGAUCCUGCAGUGCAAGAUAUUGAAGACCUUAAGGAAUUCUCCAAAAGUCAGGAUGCAUUAGAAGCUAGUGAUUUGACUCAUUGGGACAUUACCUUUUGGAGUGAGAGGCUACGCGAGUCAAAAUAUGAUAUUAAUGAGGAAGAGCUGCGUCCCUUUUUCUCUCUGCCGAAGGUUAUGGACGGUCUCUUUAAACUUGCAAACUCACUUUUUGGCAUUGAAAUUGAACCAGCUGAUGGUGUAGCUCCGGUCUGGAAUAAUGAUGUCAAGUUCUUCCGUGUUAAGGAUUCUUCUGGUAGGCCAAUUGCGUAUUUUUAUUUUGAUCCUUAUAGUCGUCCUGCAGAAAAAAGACAAGGUGCAUGGAUGGAUGAAGUCUUUGCUCGGAGUCGUGUAUUAUCACGUGAUGGUACCUCAGCAAGGUUGCCCGUUGCUCACAUGGUGUGCAAUCAAACUCCUCCAGUAGGAAACAAGCCAAGUCUAAUGACAUUCCGUGAGGUGGAAACUGUCUUCCAUGAAUUUGGUCAUGCACUUCAGCAUAUGCUUACCAAACAAGAUGAGGGUCUGGUUGCUGGUAUUAGAGGAAUAGAGUGGGAUGCUGUUGAAUUACCUUCUCAGUUCAUGGAAAACUGGUGUUACCACAGAGAAACAUUAAUGGGCAUUGCAAAGCAUUUUGAAACUGGUGAGAGUCUUCCUGAAGAAGUAUAUUUGAAGCUUGUUGCUGCUAGGACUUUUCGAGCUGGCUCUCUAAGUCUUCGACAGUUAAAAUUCGCAAGUCUAGAUCUGGAACUUCAUACAAAAUAUGUUCCUGGGGGACCCGAGUCCAUCUAUGAUGUUGACCGCAGAGUUUCUGAGAAAACUCAAGUGAUUCCUCCAUUACCAGAGGACAGGUUCCUUUGCAGCUUUAGCCAUAUAUUUGCAGGUGGAUAUGCAGCUGGAUACUAUAGCUACAAGUGGGCUGAGGUGCUGUCUGCAGAUGCUUUCUCAGCAUUUGAGGAUGCUGGAUUGGAUAAUGACAAGGCUGUUAAAGAAACGGGGCACAGGUUCCGGGAGACCAUUCUUGCUCUUGGAGGUGGCAAGGAACCACUGGAUGUUUUUGUGCAAUUCCGUGGCCGAGAACCAACACCAGAUGCAUUGCUUAGGCACAAUGGCCUAUUACCAGUUGCAGCUUCAUGAUAUAGUUGCCACUUUUAUACUUAAUAUAAAUGGGACUCAAUUACGGAAAGAAAAACAGGGAAUCGUACUUUUUUCAUUUAUAGUUUUUCUUACUCUUUUGAGUUUGCUUUUACGACACUCAAAGGAAUUUAAAUUUGAAAAAUGAUUAUUCUGCCA